AUGGCAAGACAGGCCACUGCGAGUGAGGCCUUUCCAGGGUUGCCAAAAUAUGCUGAUCAAGACUACUGGGAGCAGCGCUACCAAGCGGACAUGGCUUCACCAGAGGGCUCCACCGAAUGGUAUAUGGGCUGGAAUGUUCUCAAGAAUCACCUCUUUAUUGGAGGCUUGCUAGGGUCUUGGGGUUUGGAACCUCCUGGCCACGUGCUGGAGCUCGGCUGUGGCCAUGCUUCCUUGGUGCCUGGCCUGGUUGAGGCUGGCUUUGCUGCACUUGCAGCAGACUUUUCUCCCACUGCAGUGAAUGCAGCCGCAGCGAUCUCGAGAGUUGGCCCACGAGAGUUCUCAACCUUCGAUGUCAGGAUGCUGCCUCUUCGAAGUGGCGCGUUCGAUGCAGUCAUUGACAAAGGUUGCUUUGAUGCCUUGAAACCAGAAGAUUCGAGUAAGAUGCUCUCAGAGGCAUGCCGGGUGCUUGGGCCAGGCGGCCGAUUUCUGUGCGUCUCAAACAACGAGGUCCUCGUUCGCAGCCGCGCUCGCAAGCUUCAAGGCUGGCGACAGGCUGCAGGUACCCCUGUGCAAAUUCCUGACAUUGAUGACGAGAUCUACUUGCACUGCUUCGUCCGUGAAGCUGACGAUCGCACAUUGGCACAUGAAAUUGUCAUGUUUGUUCCUUGGGCUCGGGAAGUUGCAGACAUCAUGCUGUACAUCUCCGAAGGUGGAGAGACCCUCAUCAUUGGAUCUGCCGCAGCAAGACGCGACCUCAGCUACCCACUAUGA